AUGGAUAAUGUAAGAUGUUUGAUUUGCUCAAGAAGAUUAAAAAGUCAGGAUUCACUUCUUCUACAUGUUAAAUCAGCACAUUUGAAUGCUCCUAAUAAUACUAAUAAGAAAGCAAAAAGAAAACCAAAAAGGCGUAAUGGUAAUGACAACAGUGAUGAUAGAGAUGAUAAUGGUAAUGGCAUUGAUGAAAUUAAAAAAGGAGACAAAGAUAGAAAUCUUAUAAUUAUUGAUGAUGAUGAUGAUGACAAUAGUAAUAGCAAUAUUCAUAAUCAAAAUAUAAAAAACAUCAUUACUACAUCAACUAAAGGCAAAGAAACUAUUAAUCAAUCCAAUAAUAUCAUUGAAAUAUAUCCGCAAUUUCCUUGUGAAAUGUGCAAUGCGUCUUUUUCUUCACUAUUAGAAUUAAGCAAUCAUAUAGAUUCCAAUCAUCCAGAAGCUUAUCACCCAAUUCUAAUCACUUGUCCUGGAUGUAAAGAAGUCAAUCAUAAUAGAUAUUCGUUUAGUAGACAUAAAAGGCUUGUUCAUAAUAUGAAAGUACAACAUAGUAAUCAAACAAACAAUCAGACACAGAAUCCACACGCAAUUCCAAAUAUUAAUUCACCAGGACUCAAUAAUAACAAUAAUACUUACACCAAUAGUGGUAGUCUUCCUCACAAUAAUCAUAUCAAUAAUUUUAACCCCAUCAAUAAUUUUAGUCCUUUUUUUAACCCUAUCAAUUUUAACGGUAUUGGCGAAUCAGUUACCAUGCAAUUUACUUCAACAACAGGACAAAAAUACUCAAUUUUGGUUUCAACAACACCUACAAAAAUAGCAACGAUGUUCAGCAGUUCUUCUAAUUUACCUCCUUCAUAUCAGCUUACUAGUUUAGAUGAUGAUCCAUCCAAUUAUCCACCACUUGUCAUCAAUAAAGGCUUUAUGAAGCUGCUUGGUUUUUGUUCAGGAAGUGAUUUAACAUUGAUGACAGAGUUCAAAUAUAUUAACGUGAUAUAUGACGAUUCAAGUGAUGAUAAUCUUACAUUGACACCAAAUUUGGUACCUGAUGAUGAAAACAACUCUUUUGGAAAUGUUGCUUGGCCAUUUCCAUCCACCACUACACAUCUUUUACAAAUUGUUUUGAUGAUAAUAUACUCACUACAAGCAACAAUAGGCAAUAAAAUUCCUUUUACAAUAUGGGAAGAUCCUGAAGAAAGCAUGUGUGGCAGUGAAAUAGAUCAACUUUUUAAAAUAUUCAGUUUACUUGGUACACCAAAUGAAAAUACAUGGCCUGGAGUUUCCAACCUACCAAAUUAUAAAGUAAUUUUUCCUAAUUGGGCAGCAAAACCAUUAAAAUCACGUAUUCCCAACCUGAACUAUGAAGCAAUUGAUUUAUUAGAGAAUAUGUUGGUUUAUGAACCCAACAAACGAAUUUCAGCAAAAUUAGCAUUGUAUCAUCCAUAUUUCGAUAGUUAUAACCAACGAAAACGUAUAAUACAUUAA